CGCUCCGCCAUUGACGUGUCGAGUGGCGUUGCGCGCACGUCCUUGCGCAUUUACAGAAAACUAUUCAUUGCCGGUACACGUAUCAUACGCGCGGCGUUUACGUAUUAUCAGUGCGUUUGUUUGGUUCUCAGUGUGUAGAUAGAUAUUAGUGCGUCCCACUGGGCUUUUCGCCAACAUGGACGCGCUUUUGGCAGCGCUCGUCGCCCUCAUGGCAUUAGCCGCCGCGAUGGCCGCCGUGCUGAGUACGCUCUCGAAAGCGGCAAUUUUUGCGAUCCUCGCAAUCGCGCCUUGCGUCUAUCGAUACAGGAAACGAAUUUAUGUGAUCGUGAAAACUUUACCAAGGGAUUGCAAAUUUCUAUGGCGGUAUGCAAACGCGAUGGUGCGCUCGAAGCGAUGGGGGCGCAACAAUUGCACCGUGGCGGAGCUGUUCACGAAGCGCGCGUUGAAAAAUCCCGAUGCACCAUGCUUUAUUAUGGUCGGAGACAAAACUUGGACCUUCAAAGAGAUUGCGGAUAACUCGAACAGAGUAGCUAGGGUGAUGCAAGAUCAUUUAGGCUUGAAACUAGGCGAUGUUGUGUGUGUAUUUAUGCCCAAUUGCGCCGAGUACGUGUAUACCUGGCUCGGUAUGGCGAAGCUCGGCGCAGUGUCUGCGCUCAUCAACAAUAACUUACGACACCGUCCGUUGCUCCACUGCAUUCAAGUUGCUAAGGCAAAGGCGAUUAUCUUCUCUGAUCCGUUGGCUAGUGCAAUCGCAGAAUUAGGGGAUCAGCUUCCACCGGAGCUGAAGCUUUUCCAGCUGUACGGGGAUUGUGCGCCUGGAGUCAUUGACCUACGCGCCGAAAUGUACAAACAUCCACCAGAAUACCCGAUAGUGACGGAAAAACCGCAGUAUAAAGACACUCUUCUGUACAUAUACACGUCCGGAACUACCGGGAUGCCUAAAGCUGCCGUGUUACCAAAUUCAAAGUACUUGUUAAUAGUGGUGGCAACGGUACACAUGCUCGGGCUCCGCUCGUCGGACCGCAUGUACAACCCGCUGCCGCUGUACCACACGGCGGGCGGGCUGGUGGGCACGGGCGCCGCGCUGGUGGACGGCAUCCCCUCCGUGCUGCGCAACAAGUUCUCCGUCACCAACUACUGGACUGACUGCAUCAAGUAUGACUGCACGGUGGCGCAGUACAUCGGCGAGAUGUGCCGCUACCUGGUGUCGGCGCCCGCCCGCGACACGGACACGCAGCACCGCGUGCGCAUCCUGGUGGGGAACGGCAUGCGGCCCGCCAUCUGGCAGCAGGUCGUCGAUAGGUUCAAGGUGCCGCAGAUAAAUGAAAUAUACGGAGCGACGGAGGGGAACGCCAAUAUUAUUAACGUGGACAACACUGUCGGCGCGGUAGGUUUCCUUCCCAAGCUGGUGCCGACGAUCCUGCACCCGAUCGCGCUUGUCCGCACAGACGACUCCGGCGAACUCGUGCGCGGACCAGACGGGUUCUGCAUUCGUUGUCUACCCAACGAGCCCGGCAUGUUCAUCGGUCUAAUCGCGCAGGGCAACGCGGCCAGGGAGUACUACGGGUACGUCGAUAAGAGUGACAGCAACAAGAAGCUGGUCCGUAACGUGUUCCGCGCGGGCGACGCGGCCUUCGUGAGCGGAGACAUCCUCGUGGCGGACGAGCUCGGGUAUCUGUUCUUCCGCGACCGCACCGGCGACACGUACAAGUGGAAGGGGGAGAACGUGGCCACGGCCGAGGUGGAGGACGCCGUGCGCGCCGCGCUGCAGCAACGGGACUGCGUCGUGUACGGGGUGUCGAUCCCGCAGACGGAGGGGCGCGCGGGCAUGGCGGCCGUGGCGCUGCGCGCGGCGGGCGCGGCGUGCGGCGCGGCGGGCGCGGGGGGCGCGGGGGAGGCGCGCGCCGACGCGGCGGCGGACGCGCGACAGUUGUCGAGCGCGCUCGACCACGCGCUGCCGUCUUAUGCGCGACCACUCUUUCUGCGCUUCGUGUCCGAUAUUGAAAUCACCAGUACAUUCAAACUAAAGAAACUGAAAUACCAAAAGGAAGGUUUCGAUCCAGAUGUGAUUAAAGAUCCACUGUUCUUCAGAUCAGGCGCAGAAUUUGUACCGCUCACUACACAGCUUUUCAACGAUAUAUGCAACGGUCGCGUUAAACUAUAAACGUCCACCAACAAGACGCUGUCUCGAUAUAUUAUAGUAAAAUACAUUUGUUGUUUUAGUUACACGCUUGACAAACCAUGGAGAACUUCUGCAAAUAAGCCGACAUUAAUAUAUUAACCAUGAGGUUGUUACAAUUAUUUAUUUUAUAACUUUAUAUCGUUUACUUAUACUCAUUAGAAUAAUUCAAAAGAUGAAAUUAAAAAGUUUACACAAUUACUAUACUUUCGAUUUUGCACUAUGGUCAGUACGAGCGUCGUAACUACUAUUGCAAAUGGACCAUUGGCGAAAUGUCACCAGACUUGUCAUAGUAACGUAAAACAGACUAUAGUCUUAAGUCGGAGUUUAGGUUGAAUGUUUAUACUCUCGUCAACGAACCAAAAGUGUAAGAAAAUUAUCGGUGGCUAGAAAAGUAAACUGAAUGCGUUCAAUCGUUGCCCUAAAGGGCUGUUAAUAAAAGAAAAAAAAACUCAUUUAAACAAAAUUACAUUUAUAUUUUUUUGCACUUUGGUCUCAUUGGUAGCAAUACAGGGAAAGGAAUUAAAAAUAUAUAAUAGUGUUAAUUAUUACACCUGUCUCAACUACACUACACUAAUCAGCUGUUUAAGGUCUGAGACCUUCAAAAUUUAAUAUCCCAUUAGGUUAAUAAAAAAAAUGCGAAUUUCUUUAGAUUUGUUAUUGAAAUUAGUUAAACCUCUUUUAUAUGUAUAUGUAAGCUUUAUAACAUAUGUGCUGUGAUCUGAUGGUUUUUUUGUAAAGACUUGCGACUUUAAAUAUAAUUGUAAUUCAUUUUAUAAUGUAAAUUAUUUAUUGACAAUACAAGUGCGAGUCAAUUUAGUGUCAUAUCGUAGAUUUUUAUUAGUCGCAAUAUAGAUUUAAACAAAAUCAAAGUUUUGUACUUAGUCUACUAUAGACAAUCAUUUAAAUAAUAUUCUCUUUUCAAUAAUAACAAUAUAAAUCACUGAAAAAUAUCUCAAAAUAGUCGCAGUUUUCUUAUUGCUUGCUAAGUUUUCUAUUUGCAUAUGUUUUGCAAGUCGAAUUAUAUUUAGUCAGGCGCAUGGCCUCUCUCAUUGUUUUUGUACAUUACCAGACUAUAUCAUAGUCGUAAAUCACAAUUAGUCACAAAUCAAACUUUAUAAAAUAUUGUUUGUGAAAAAGACCAAUACUUUGCCUCGAUGAUUAAUGAAUAUACUUACUGAAUGUAAUGAAUGAAAUAAUUGAUUUUAAUUGUAUUUUUUCACUUUUUGUAUAAAUUUAAAGUUUUAUUUAAAUCACAUAAGUACAAUGCCAUUGAUAUUUAUUAUAGACUGGUCAUUUUGAAAGCAAUAUUGACAUUCACUUAUUUAAUUCAAUAUAUAAUUAUAGCACCAAUAAUACCGUUUGUAGCUAAAUCGUAGAUAACAUUCCGCAGUCUAGUCUUUUAAGUUGUGUUUUAGGGUUCCUAUAUUUAAUAUUCAUUUUCGAAUACCUACAAUACGCAUAGCAACGUUUAUAAAUAUAGAUCUUGAUUGUGCCUUGUUACAAGGACCGCAAUAGAAAGGCUGUACUGAUUGCUCGGGGAAAAUACUGUAAGUUGUAAAUAAAAACCUGCAAAAAAAU